UGGGCAAGUUUGAGAAAAGAUUUUAAAGGACUUCACUUGUGGAACCGCGUUGAACUUGUUAACACAAUGAAUUUGAAACACAGUAUUUUUCAACUUCAAGCGGAAUAAACACAUAACACUGAUGUUAAAAUGAAGACGACCCUUUUAAUAAACGGACUGCUUUUGCUCUUUGUCGGACUCGCACAAGGGGCUUCAUUCUAUGGUGAUGGAUUUGUGCAGUUGAAAGGGACAGAGUCGUCUAGCCGUAACACGCUGCACGUCCGCUUCCGCACCUCCAGCAAAAGCGGCCUGCUUUUCCUAGCUGCAGGGCAGACAGAUUACAUCCUGCUGGAGAUGAAUGCUGGCAGACUGCAGGCACGGUUGGACCUGGGCUCCGGAGAGCAGAUUCUUCUUUCAGAUAGUGGCACCCAGCUAAAUGAUCUGGCCUGGCACAACAUACAGCUUCUCCAUGAAUACCACAAUGUCACACUGACUGUGGACAACCACUACAAGAGCAGCUUGCGAAUGCCAGGUCCAGAACAGCAGCUGAACAUCAACAUUGGUCUAUAUGUGGGUGGUACUGGAGGUUUGGAUCAGCCCUAUCUGUCCAGUGAUCUCAAUGGCUUCCGUGGUUGUCUUGAUGAAGUAAUAUUUAAUCAGCACAACCUUCUUUCUUCACUGAGGCCCUACUCAGGAUUUAAGAAUGUCUAUGAGGUUUCUCUUGGAUGCAGCCCUCAGUUCUUUGCAAAUGAGGAUGAUCCAAUCAGUUUUUUCAGCUCAAGGGCUUACAUGUCCCUUCCUCCAUGGACGGCACAACAAGAGUGGGUUCUCGAAAGCUCAGUCCACACCUCGGCCGAAGAGGGGAUCGUUAUGUACAACUCUGCACGGCAGGGAGAUUUUGUCGCCGUGGAGAUCCAGAAAGGUCUUCUCGUUGCUGUGGUUGGAAAAGACGGCACUAAAACAGAACUACGUUCUCUCACCUUUAUUAAUGACAAUAAGUGGCAUGAUAUCAAACUCUACUUCACUCCGAAAAGCCUUCAACUCACAGUAGAUGGAGAGACUGUAAAGUCCAGCAUUAGCUCGAGAUCAAAAACCUUACACCUGAAAGGUUUGGUUUUUCUCGGGGGAAUCGAUGACGGCACACGUUCUGAAGUCAGAAAGGUCGGCCUUUCUUCAGUGGCAGGAAAGCGUGUUAAAGGCGGUUCCUUUAAAGGAUGCUUAAGGAACAUUAGAGUAAAUAAUGUUAAAAUGGGUCUCCCCAAUGCAGUGGUUACUAAAGACAUUUCUGUUGGCUGUGAACCUGAAAAGGAGUUGGAGAUAAGCACCACAGUCAGCCCAGCAACUCUUCCUAUAACCCCUGCUAGCACUGUCACACAACUACCUCUCACCGAUGUCUCCACCCUAGCUAAAGGUCUUGUUAAAAAGUAUGGACACAAUUUUCUACAGCUUAAGAACCUUGUCGUCCCAGAAGGUGGUCGGGCGUCAUUGGAUUCAAAGCACAUAAAAGUAAACCUCGAUUUCAAGAAACUUGGUAUCCGGCAAUCUCAGAUUAUCUUUAGGAUUGAAGAGCAGCCGGUGCAUGGUCAACUUAGGCUCGAUGUAGACCAAGAUCAGGCAGAGAAUACAUUCAGCAUGUUGGACUUGUGGCAUGGCAGAGUGAUGUACAUCCACGGAGGAUCUGAAGACCCCCAAGACUUCUUUAUGUUCUCUGUGUUCUCCAGUAGCAGAAAGGAGGUUCCAGGCUAUCUGAAGGGACACAAGUUAUACCGGUAUAAUGUCAGUGUCACGCCAACCAACGAUGCCCCUGAAUUGAGUCUACCCGAAGGGAAUCUGUUUAUUCUUCUGGAGAACUCCAGGAAGAAGCUGACCACUGAUGUUCUGAAAGCCGUAGACAUUGAUAGCAAUUAUACAGAUCUUGUUUACUCUGUAUUAGGCAAUCUCAAUGCUGAUGCAGGGUAUUUGGAAAAUGAAGACAAUCUGGGUACACCUGUAACCUCUUUUUCUCACUCAUCCCUUAUAGAGGGAAAGAUCAAUUAUGUCCAUACAGGGGUGAGGAACUCCAGGAUUGUGCUAAGAGUGAGCGAUGGAGAGAAAGUGAGUAACACAGUGGUCCUCAGAAUCAUGGCUGUGGGAUUGGAGUAUAAAAUCUCUAAUAACACCGGUCUGGAAGUCAAUCAAGGAGAGAUGUUUCUGUUAAGCAACAACCAACUGGCAGUCUGGACAAAUACAGUGAAGCAGAUGGUUGAUAUUCGUUAUGAUGUGAUUGAGUCACCAAAAUUUGGUGAACUUCAGAGGCUGCACUCAAGUGGAGAGUGGAAGAUCACCAAUUCGUUUUCUCAAAGAGUUCUUGAAAAGGAGCGCUUGCGUUACCUUAACACUUACCAGUCCAUCCAAACAAGUAAUAGCACGGAUCACUUCAAAUGUAAAGUCACUGUGGCUUCCAGAGCUACAGAGGAGUUGGUGUUUCCCAUUAGAGUAAAGUGGAUCAACUACACAUUGGAGAAGAAUGAAGCCAUAGAACUGGACAAAAUUACAACCGCUGUAAUUGACUCCGAGCAUCUGUAUGCAACAGCACACGGUGUAACUGUGUCUGAGGAUGAGCUUAGUUUCAGAUUAUUGUCUGUACCAACAAGAGGAACGCUUGUAAUGAGUAAUGCCAAGUUGGAUGUCAAUUCAACAUUUUGUCAAAGGAACAUCACCGAUCUAAAAGUAGAAUACAGACUGGUGAAAAGAUCGUACGAGGAUACCAGCGAUGAAUUUGAAUUUCAGAUCGUCUCCAAGCAUGCACAUUCCAAUAGUCACAUUUUCAAAAUCAACAUUAAAGCAGAUGUUAACAGCAUAUUUAUGAAAAACAAUGGGUUGUCGCUUCUUGAAGGUGAAAGUAAGCUCAUUACAAAAGAUGACUUGUUUGCUGAAACUCUUAGUACUAGAGAAAUACACUACACUGUCACGAAGGCUCCACGGUAUGGCAAGCUAACACGGAUCAACUUAUCCAACUCUACAAAAGAGUUUGACAAUAUUCUUUCAUUUACCAAUCAGGACAUUCUGGAGGAGCGUGUCAUGUAUGUUCACGAUGACAGUGAAACAAAUCUUGAUAGUUUUACCUUCACAGCCUCCAAAAGUCCACUUACUAAGAAUACUAUGAUAGAAAAUGACAUUGGCCCCAAGGAGGGCAUCUUCAACAUCUCCAUACAGUUGGUGAAUGAUGAAAAACCCAUUCGCGUCGUAGACAAGGUUUUCCACGUUGUCAAAAAUGGACAGAGAUUACUUACCCUCGAUGAUCUCCGCUACCAUGAUGCCGACUCAGACUUCAGUGACGGGCAGCUCGUCUACACCCGUCGUGGUAUCCCAAUCGGGGACUUGGUUCUUGCAAAUGACACUUCACAGAAGCUGUACCAGUUCCGCCAGGAAGACUUGGAACAGAAACGGGUGUUGUUUAUUCACCACGGGAUGAACUCUGGUCGCUUUGUCCUCUUUGUAUCGGAUGGCAAACACUAUGUUUCCUCCCUUUUGGAUAUUAGCGUGCAGGAUGCUUAUUUGAAAGUUGGGAACAACACAGGCCUGUUGGUUCAGAAAGGGCAAGCCAAGACCCUGAGUCAUGCUAAUUUCAGUGUGGAUACAAACCUUGACAUCAGAAAUGACAAUGAAAUCAUAUUCAAUAUUCAAGAGGCUCCAAAACAUGGGCGUCUAUAUUUAAAAGGCAAUCAAAUGGAGUCAUUCACCCAGCGUGACUUGAGGAACGGCGACUUGUCUUAUCACCAUGACAAUAGCAAAAAUCUGGCUGACGUUUUUACACUCCGAGUGGAAGCAAAGGGAUUUAAGUGUGACGCACAAAUUAAUGUGAAGGUGUACCUGGAAAGCCAUCAAAGGCCACCUGUUGUCCUUCAUAAUAAAAUUUUAAUAGUAGAAGAGGGAAAACCGGUCAAGAUUGAGAGCAGUAAACUUAAGGUGACUCAUGAAGCUAAUUCACCCGCAGAAAUAAGCUUCACUGUCAAAGUUCCUCCAUCUUAUGGAUAUCUGCGGCUUUUUCUUGAGGACCAGUACCAGGGUACAGAGGAGGACCAGUUGGUGAUCUUUUCCCAACAGGAUGUUAAUGCUGGCAACAUUCAGUAUGUACAGGUCACACCUGGCCAAACGAAUGAUUCAUUCACCCUAGAGGCCAGCAAUGGGGUUGCAGAGGUCAGUGACAUCAUCGUGUCUGUGGAUAUUAUCCCGCGCCUCAUACCCAUUGAGGUGUCUAAUAUCACACUGAAUGAAGGGGCAUCUAAAGCUCUCACUGAGGUGAUCAUCAAAGUCACCAACUCACAUUUCACCGGGCUUAAUUUUGUAUACUACGUCUCUGAAGGACCCCUGCACGGCCGCAUCGAGAAUUCACGUUUCCCGGGGAUACCCACAACCUACUUUACAAAGAAACAGGUGGAGCAGGAGUUUAUAUAUUAUGUCCAUGACAACUCAGAAACUUUAGAGGACAGCUUCACUAUCACUGCAAACGACACAGAGCUGAGAAAACACAGCGCACCAUGGACUGUUUAUGUGCAGGUCAUAGCCGUCAACGAUGAGUCUCCGGUUAUUACUGCCAACAAGGUCCUCCGGGUGUGGGUGGAUUCAAUCACAGAGAUCACCCCUGAAGAUCUGAAUGCUGAGGAUGAGGACACGCCGCCUGAACAACUGGAGUACAUCAUUACCCAACCUAGCAAUGGUCAUCUGGCCCUCAAGAGCGCCCCCAACAGGCCAAUUAUGAACUUUACUCAAGCUCACAUUGUUCAACGGCAGCUGCUUUUUGUGCAUAAUGGUCCUAUGGCAGGUGGUUUCAACUUUCAAGUAAACGAUGGUGUGAACUUUGCCCCUAGGCAGAUAUUCAGUGUUAUGGCUCGUGCCCUGGUUCUUACUCUAGAGAAGGCUGGACCUCUUAAUGUGUUUCCAGGCUCUUUAUCCUUGAUCUCAAAAGAUCUUCUUCAUGCAGUAACAAAUGACGAUAGCGGUGUCUCAAAUCGAACCAUCCACUUCACCGUGAUCACUCCUCCAAAAUUUGGAAAACUGGUCAGUGUGCAAGCAGACAAGUCCACAACAGAAAUUUCAUCUUUCACACAACAAAUGGUGGAUGAUGGUGAAAUCGCAUAUGAGCAAAGUCAUGCGACCUCUUUGGGAUGGGCGGCACUAGACAAGUUUACAUUUACUGUGUCAUCUCCUCCUGCUACGCUUGAAACCCAGACGUUCGACAUCGACAUUUCUUAUGAACAUGUUGGAUCUGAGCGAAGUUCUGUGCUCCUCAAAAAUAAAGCUGUGCAGGUAACUGAGGGAGAUAAGGUGCUAAUUGACAAAUCGAUGCUUGAUGCAUCCAACCUUAUGACUAAACUGCCUGAAUCUAAGCACAGCUCUUAUGAGGUUUGGUACCAGGUCACAUCUCUGCCACAGCAUGGUGUCAUCAUCGUCGGGGAACGAAAUCUCACCAAAGAAAAACCCAAUUUCUCUCAGUACAUUCUUAACAAGUAUGGAAUCACAUAUCGUCAUGACAACUCUGAGACCACCCAUGACAAUUUCGACUUUGACGUCUUUCUCAACCUGAAGAGCAAACCACCAAACCGCCCCUUAGAUGACUCUGAGAUAGUGUCCGAAACUUUCAAUAUCACUAUUAUCCCUGUAAACGAUCAGCCACCGGUUCUGAAGACCAAAGCCCCCAGCCUUAAAGUUGUUCAGGGUGACACCGUUGCUAUUGGACCCAACAAUCUAAAUGUUGUAGACUUAGAUAAUCCCCCCAGUGAAAUCCAGUACACUGUGAUUAGCAAACCUAGCUGUGGUUUCCUCGCUAUCGCAGGACACUUGAACGAGUCGGUGGAUGCCUUCUCUCAAGCUCAGAUUAAUAAUGGAGAGCUGUUCUUUGUCCAUGAUGGCAGCCCAGCAUCCGGGGCAUUCUACUUCAGCGUGACCGAUGGUGUUCAUCGUCCGUUAUAUAAACUCUUCAACCUGGAUGUAAUCGAGAUCACUGUUUCACUUGUUAACAACACAGAGGUGCUACUGGACCAAGGACAGACCUCUGUGGCACUCACACAGUCACACUUAGCUGCAGUCACCAAUGGUAAAAACACUACUGUUCAUUAUAAAAUUACAGUACCUCCGCAGUAUGGCAGACUUCUACUUGAUGAUGACGAAGUCAACAUUUUUAAUCAAGGCGAUCUCCAGGCGCAAAAGCUAAGCUACCACAUGGUCAAUCUUGCAUCUUCCUAUGAUAACUUUGAGUUUAGUGCCUUCACAUCAGAGGCAAAUCUAAGCAAUCAAGUCGUUAAUAUCACAGUGAAGCCGCUCAUUAAGUACACAAAAGGGGCAACGUUUGCAAACGGAAUUCGAAAUAAGCUGAAGCCAGAUUUUCUGAAUGUCUCUGAACUGGCUUUGUUGAGCGGUAGUGACCCAUUGUUUGAAAUUACAUCACAUCCAGAACAUGGCAGGGUCAUCAGGACAACCAACAACAAGGGAAGGAAAGCUGAAUCUGUAGAGUCUUUCACUUUUGGCGAAUUACAGCAGAAGAAACUGGCCCUUGAGUUGAAGGCGAACCUGACGGGACUCCAGGAAUUAAACGACUCAUUUGAAUUUGUGCUUAAAGCCGACAACGUCCAACCUGCCAGAGGGAUUUUCACCUUUAGCAUUGUACCCUAUGUUCCCAUGAUUGAGAUGUCAACGGUCUCAAUGUCCACAGUCAGACCUGUUUUUUAUAACCAGACAAUUGCAAUGGGCCUUGCCCCUUCUUCUACAUCUUCCACCGUGAGGCCGACUCAACAAGCGACCAAGUCUGUGUCCAAGUUAAAAAAUCGCAAUCGAUGGGGUAACUCAAACAGCAAUGACGUACAUACCACUAUCCCUAAACCAACGCAAGGGGAGGAGGAGAUUUAUCCAAUAAAUAAUACCCCAGUGAAAGUGGAAUCAGUAACCCAGACGGGCUCCUCAAACUCAAUGAUCAUCUUGCCUCUGCUUGCUGUUCUUCUUCUGGUCAUCAUCGUUGUUGCGUUGACGCUGCUCUUAAGACGGAACCGGAGGAAGAGCAAAUCAGUUCGUUCACAUCAGCCAGAGGAUCCAUCCAUUCAGGAUCAGCCCAAGUGGAAUGCCUCUGUCCCUAUUGUAACCGUCACUCCUCUUAAUCCCAGAAACCCUGGAAGUUCUCCCAUAACCAGACUGCAGACCAGAGGUGAAAACCCAUAUGACCAGGCUGUGUCUCUGUGCUCUUUAGAAGACCUGGAGCCAGAAGUUUCACAACUUUGCAGAACCACAAACCCAACCCUAAGAAACAAUCAGUACUGGGUGUGACCUAUGACCUUAAUGUGUACAGAUCUAUUUAAGCUUAACAUUUACAGAGGGAAUUUGUAUUUAUAACAUUUGUUAGUGUAUGAAACACUUUGGCGCAGGGCAGUUGUACAAUAUCCUAGUAGAGUGUCGGGCUUGUAACCUGAUAGUUGAGCGGCUCACGACUGGUGGGUUGCAACUGUGGUGCCCUUGAGCAAGGCACCUUAACCCCAAUUGCUCCCUGGGCAAUGCAGUGAUAGCUGCCCACUGCUCCGGGUGUGUUUACUAUUCACUGGAUGGGUUAAAUGCAAAGGUCACAUUCCAAGAAUGGGUUACCAUACAUUGGCAAAUACUUCACUUUCACUUUUAUUUCUGAGGUGCCACAUUGCUGCAGGUUUAUUAAACCAUCAGUGCAAUUACAAUGCAUGUUGGUUUUUGCAUAUAUUUUUGCAUGCAUUUACAUACAGCAAUAAGAACAGCCCUGGUGUUAUGCAAAAUGACACAACAAAUGUUUCUCUGUAAAACUAAUUUGUUAGUUGAAGAUGCCGGUGUUGCUAUUAAAGAUAUAAGUAUACUAUUGGAAGUUAAUGAAAUCAUUCUGACAAUAGUAUUUUAAAUGUAAUAAGUUAUUUUUUGUUGCUAUUUGUUAUAUACACAGUCAAUUAAAGGCAAGCUAUUAUGCAAAAUCAACUUUGGACAUAAAUGUGUUUUGGCAGUAAGUAAACACAACCAUUCAACAAUUUAAAAAAUCCAUCCGCUCCUUCUUUUUAAACCCCAUUAAACCAAAGCAAUCUCGUUAGACAUGCCAUUUUGAUUAUCUUGUUAAUGUGACAUCAGAUAAAGCCUCGCCUACAGCCACUGACUGACAUUUUUGCAUUACCAUAGUUUUCACCCUCAGCGAGUUAUACACUGUCCGCCCUAUCUCAAUAGGGAGAUAUUAUUGUAUACUAUUGCAUUUUAGACAUGCAAUAAUAAAAUCUGUGGGGUAUUUUGAGCUGAAACUUCACAAUUACAUUCUGGGCACAUAAUAAGACUUAUAUUACAUAUUGUAACAAUCAAUGCCCUUUAAAGGAACACUCCACUUAAAAAAAAAAUAGGUUCAUUUUCCAGCUCCCCUAGAGUUAAACAUUUGAUUUUUACUGUUUUGGAAUCCAUUCAGCUGGUCUUCGGGUCUGGCGGUACCAUUUUUAGCAUAGCUUAGCAUAAUCCAUUGAAUCUGAUUAGACCAUUAGCUUUACGCUAAAAAAUAACCAAAGAGUUUUGAUAUUUUUCCUAUUUAAAACUUGACUCUUCUGUAGUUACAUCGUGUACUAAGACCGACAGAAAAUUAGUUGCGAUUUUCAAGGCCGAUAUGGCUAGGAACUAUACUCUCAUUCUGGUGUAAUAA